AUGCGACUUUCACGUCAGGAAGAGGACGAGGAAGAACGCGAAGAGCGGCUGGCUCAAAACGCUGAGAGGAUGCGACUUUCACGUCAGGAAGAGGACGAGGAAGAACGCGAAGAGCGGCUGGCUCAAAACGCUGAGAGGGUCCGACUUCUACGACGGCAGGAGGACCAGGAACAAUGGGAAACGCGCCUUGCAGAGGACGCUGAGAGAGCACGAGUUCGAAGGCAGCUGGAAGGUGAGGAGCAUAGGAUAGCGCGCUUAGCCCGGAAUGCUGAUAGCGCUCGAGCUUCGCGACAACAAGAGGACGAUGAUCGGAGGCAAAGUAGACUGGCACGAGAGGCUGAAAGGUCACGGAUCCGAAGGUAUCGGGAGAGUGAAGAAAGUCGAGAGAUUCACAGAAUGGAAGAUGCUGUAAGAGUAAGGUUACGCAGGCGGGAAGAAGAUGAAGAUUCGCGGCAGCAACGCAAUGCUGCUUCAGCGCAACGGGAGCGUAGACGUAGAGAUCGCGAAACAGUAGCUGAAGGUCAUCAGAGACGUACAACUGAAGCUGAAAGAUAUCGCGCGCGUGCCAGAAACAUGGCAUAUGAAACGCGAGGUGUUGCCAGGACGAAUGUACAGCCGGAAGAAUAUUACGAUGGACCGAUGAACGUAACAUGUGAAAGUUGCGGGGCAAAACACUUCAAAUCGGAAUGCAAGGGUAAAAGGACCUUCAAUGACUGUUGCAAUCAUGGCAACAUCAGUUUGCGACACUUCAGUGACUAUCCUGCUGAACUUCAUGCGCUGCUCACAAGUCAGGAAGGCGAAGCGAAGGAAUUCCGCGAACAUAUCCGUAGUUACAACAGUGCCUUUGCUUUCGCCUCUAUGGGGGCUCAAUUGGAUACGCCACGUGGACAUGGUCCUUACUGUUUUCGCAUCCAUGGCCAAAUAUACCACAGAAUAGGACCAGCACGUCCGGAGAAUGGUCAACCCCACCGUUAUGGGCAAGUCUACAUUCUCGAUACCGCGAUGGCAGCCGAGGAACGGAUGGGGAAUCCAGCAAAUACCAAUUGUAACCCUCAGAUUAUUCGUUCUCUAAGUGAACUGUUGCAUCGGAUAAAUGCGUUUGCACAUGCAUACAAAAUGCUAAACGAGGUGGCGAUGGAGGAGGAGGUGCUCGCUUUAAGAGAAGGACGAUCUGCGAAACCAGUGCGAAUGGUGUUCGAAACUCCCGCGGCUGUUGAUCGGCGUGUUUACAAUGCACCUACAGCUAACGAGGUUGCUGUUGUGUAUAUGUUGGAGGUGAUGGAGAUGUUCCAGCGGAGCAUAGUCUCGCUGUGCACCUACAUUCUGGAGGAUUGCGGAACGUCAGAGUAUAUGAUCGUGAGUGUGAUCCACUAA